GAGUGAUGCGCCCGAGUAUGAAAAUCAAGAAACUCACAAGAAUAAGAAAAGUAAAGCCAGGAAAAGUAUUUGUAAUUUUUGAAGUGCUUCUGUAAAGAGAUCAGUGUGUCGAUGUGAAAGGUGAACAUAAUCAUAGAUUUUGAAGUGACUUUUGUAGAGGAAAGAAGAAAAAAUCUAAAUAUCUUGUACUUAUCAUCGUGCCUGUGUGGUAAAAUAUACUGUGUGAAGUGGCAUGAUUGAAAUGGCUAACCGUGCGACGUGCCUCAGAUUUGGUCUAUUUAUCUUCCUAUUUCAACGAGUAUGCGGUGAGAACAUCAAUGGCAUUCAGACAGUAACACCAUAUUGUGACGGGUUUCUCACACUGUACGACAAGGCGCCAUCAUAUCAGAUACAGGUGCCGACUUUUCCGUUUGGAUUCGGUGACCCCGGAAGUAAAUGCAACUGGUACUUCUACGCUCCCACUGGUAACGUCAUCAAAAUGGAGGUUGUUUACCUUCAUAUUGGACAAAACGAAUCGCUUACGGUCUUUGACGGCGAUAGAAUGAUGAGCGGAGAUGGAAUUGAUAUUAGGGAUUAUUUGGAACUGGAUUUCGUCAGCGAGAGUAAUUCCUUGACGAUUCAGCUGAAGUCUGGGCCAGUUUUCAAAGGAACAGCGGUCCUCCAUGUAAUGGUCCUGAAACCAAAAUCAAAAAGUUUUGAUGUUUUGUCGGCUAACCCCAGCCAAUGUGGUGGCACCAUUGAUCUCGACUAAUCAACUCCAUCUUUUGAAAUUGAGGUGACCAAUCAGGAAGCCGGCAGUAGCCCCGCCUACUGUGUCUGGCAAAUAACCACGCCCCCGUCGACAGAAGCCAUGCUCCGUUUUCUCGACGUGCGUCUCGAUUUCUACGAUUACUUCGUGGUUGCCGACUCGAUGGGUAACCGGCUAGCCGAAUUCUCCAAUAUCCGGUCUACUCCGUACGAAGUAGUGUUGGGAUCCAACCAAAUGGUCUGUCUCUUUGAUGCCUAUGAAAUCCAGUCUGCCUCGUAUGUACGAUUUGAGGUCUUCUACAAUGAUACUACGGCUGAAGAAGAUGCUAUCAACCUCUUAAGCGGAGGUCACAUAACCCUCAACGAAGAGCAACCAAGCUUUUCCUUUCAGACAAACAACUUCUCCACCGAUUUGGGCGUCUAUUUCGGAAGCUACUGGUUCGUCAACGGCCCAAGCGGAUCCAAAUUAUCCGUCGAGAUCUCGGACAUGGAUACCGGGUCCGGUGUCUACUUCGACGUUCGGAGCGGAUUGAACACACCGAUCGCCAGUCUAUCCGGGAGUUUUGAAGUGGAUACGCUCAUGACAUUGGACAACACGGCGGUUAUUUGGAUGUAUUCGCAUUGGCGGGAACCGGGCCAAGGAGUGACUGUGAAUGUGAGCAUAUCAGACAGCAUAUUUUUGGAUUCAUCGAACAUCCUCGCAUCGUGCGGAGGAUCCAUAAUCCUCGAUCCGAAUCAUUUACCUUCACUUUCGUUCUCAUCUCCAAACUACGGUACAACGAUCGACCAGUACACCGCGUGCUACUGGUACUUCAUCAGUCCCCCAAACACCCGCGUGCGGAUCGACUUCCUUGACAUCGAGACGCACAGCGGAUACGUACAUGUCUUUGAUAGUGUCAACAGCCCGGCUGUAACGGUAUCAAGCAUCGCCGGUGAGGGCGCUUUACCCCCUUUCCAUUCCUCUGGAAACGGAGUCUCUGUCCUGUACAACGAUUUGUCUGAUUACAUGAACGGCCGUGGACUCCUGGCGGAAGUCAGUAUCAUUGACGCGAGUACUCCUAAACCAGAUAUUUCUUGCGGCGGUCAACUCUAUUUAAAUGUCACCCAACCAUCUUCUGCAAUUAAGACCCCAUGGUACACCACGCCCUCUACGGUAUUUGCCUCAACACUCUGUUACUGGUACGUAACGUGUCAAGCGGAUAAAGCAGUUUCCUUUGAAGUCAACGAUAUGCAGACCGUUGACGCCACUCUGAACGUAUACGACACCGUGAACGCUUUGCAGCAGGAUGUGGCCGUUAUCAGAGGGGAGACCCUUCCGACCCCGUUCCUGUCAUCUGGACCGGGUGUGACUAUCGUGUUUGCAGACUCUCCUUCAAGCUACCCGGAACGUGGGUUUUCUGCAAUAGUCGUAAUAUCAGAUCCGUUCUCUUGGGAUGGAACGACAGUCAUGACGUCGUGUGGUGGAAGCAUAGACAUGUAUUCUACUUCAACAAGUCUGACCGUCACCUCGCCGACUUACCCAAGCCUCCAACCGACCGGAAGUUUCGACUGCAGAUGGUAUUUCAGCGGAGAAAAUGGCAUGGUGUUCACGUUGGAAAUCUUCGAUCUCGACACGGAUGUGACAACGUACGUGUACGUCUUCGACGAGGACGAAACUGUCACCGAGAUAUCAGGCAACAACCUUGCAACAACGGUCGUCGGGUCUAAGAACUCCCUCCGUGUGAGAUUCUCUGACUCAUCCAUGACUGAUACAGCACGAGGGCUGAAGGCAAAGGUCAAUCUUAAUGUUCCUCCAAACUGGGACGACUCUUCUGCUUUGGCUACCUGUGGCGGUGGGAUUCCCCUAGAUUUUGAUACACGAACCUUCCUUUCUACGACACCUAACUACCCAGACACAAACGGGGACCAUUUUGACUGCCGAUGGUACGUGACGAGCCCUUCAGACACUCGCGUCUCUGUCCAGCUCGUUGAUUUCCAAACGGAUUCGAACUCGUUCCUCUCCCUUCAUGACGGAAGUGCAUUAUCUGACCCGGAACUGUAUCGUGCGUCUGGGUCUGUCUUUCCGACAGAGGUAAACGCCACCGGAAACGCAAUGGCACUCCGUUUUUACUCAAAUCGGGCUACAAGUGGAAGAGGUGCUUCCAUCACCGUUACAUUCUUGGGAGGGAAUCCUCCUACCAGUGACAUCCGUUUGGUAGGUGGUAGUGGGCCUCAUGAAGGGCGUGUCGAACUCUAUCAUAACAACAUCUGGGGUACGGUCUGCGAUGACGACUGGGGCAUAGAAGACGCCACAGUUGUCUGUAGGAUGUUGGGGUACAGGACCGUGAUUGCGUUCUGGUCCAGGGCUUACUUUGGACCAGGCACAGGACAGAUAUGGUUGGAUGAUCUUCAGUGUAGUGGAGACGAGAAGCAUGUCAUUGACUGCACUCACGCCAUGCCAACCGGUACAAACAACUGCGGUCAUUCGGAGGAUGCCGGCGUUACGUGUGGAGAAGGUGCUGAUGUCACGUGUGACAGCAAUUCGAUGACGGUCCUCGUCGAUCGCGCUCUCCUGGUACCGGGCGAUGAUGCGACCGAUGUCUUUCUCGCCGAUGGUUCCUGCGUUGGUUACGAUCACGACAGUGUAAAAGUUGCCAUUUCGACGUCGUUCGAUGACUGUGGUACUACAUUGGAGGAAACAGAAGACACCAUCACCUUCUCCAACGUCAUCACGUACUUCGAACCAAGAUCCAAACAUGGUGAGACUGUGACACGAGACGCUAUCCUACACAUACCGGUCACGUGUUCUUUCGAUCGGCACAUCAUCCUUGGCAACAGUUACAAACCGCAAGUGGGCGUGGUCUCUUUCUCCGAAAUUGGCUUUGGGAACUUCUCUUUGGAUCUCGCACGGUACAAGGAUGCCAACUUCGCCGAACAGGCGGUAGAGGAUGAGAGGAUACCGCUCGGUGAACCGGUGUUCUUCGCGGUCAAUCUGACCGCGGUAACUGACGUGACGGUGCUGAUCGAGUCAUGCUGGGCGACGCCUCAUCCUUACCCCUUUGACCAGGCGAAAUAUCAUAUCAUCACUGAUGGAUGCGCUAAGGAUCCAACGGUCGUAUUCUAUGAUAACGUCAUAGAUGACCCGAUGAUGUCUGCCUUCUCUCUACAGGCAUUCGGUUUUGUCGGAGAGUAUGACCAGGUGUUUAUACACUGUGAGGUGCUAGUGUGUGACGGCAGUGAUUCCUCUUCGCGCUGUGCCCAAGGCUGUGUGAGUCAAAGAGCAAAGAGAACUGCGGCCAUCCCGCAGGUUCGGGAUUCGAGCUCCCAGCCCCACACCAUCUCAAACGGUCCGAUAUCCCCUCAGCGGAAACGGAGGGGGAUAGAUGCAUUCGGGCAUGCACAUUCAUCGUCAGGUAACAUCUACUACAGUGGCGAUAUGAACAAAAUGGUGGCGAUGGGCGUGUCCGGAAUACUGCUGGCUGCGGGGGUCAUGAUGGCUUACGUCACAUUCUCGAAAGGUCAACAGAAGUCAAAAGGUUACAAAAGUCCGGCGAAAGAUGACGAUUCUGAUAGCGAGCCCCUAAUCGCGGCAUAAUUACUGAUCGUGAGGUCGUGACGUGUCAGUGACAACAGUGACGUGCCAAGGGGACAAUUUUUGGGGGGGGGGGUGUAUUUGGUAUAAAGUAUUGAUAAUCAUUUAAAUAAUCCGAUAUCCGAAGCUCGCAAUGUUGCGAUUUUCAGAGUUCGUUAUAGGUGCAGAUGUUUGAAGGGGAGCAUCAGCACUGCCCUUCAGCACACUGUCUUCCUUAGAUACUAGAGCAUUUUAGCAGUCACUUCGCCGACGCUUUCUAUAACGCAGAGAAUCUUUUGUCAAAGCCCUUCAUAACAAAGCAGCCUUUGUCGAAAAUCGGUGAAUCAAAACAGUAGUGUCGUCCUAGACUCUGGACAAACGACAUAUAUUAGCAAGUUUUUGUCUGGUCCGAAUCUUAAGUUGGUGUGCUGUGCUGGUUUACCACUUUCUUUUUAACAGUAACCUCUAAUCCGUCCAUUGUGAUUUGACGGGCAUUUUCAAUAGCUUCUGAAUGUUGCGGAAAGUGUCUGUGAAUUGGAUGCUAAAAUACGUUAUAUUGUCAUAAGCAUUCCGUCGGAUUCUCACCAAUGAAACCGAAUCUAAACCAAUGGGAUGUCAUCGAAAAUGUCGUCAUCGUUUUCUAUACGUCUGAAUGAAUGUGACAAUAUUUAGGAUUGGGAGAUGUUUCAUUGGACUCGCGAAAAUGUUUUUAUGCGCGGUCGAUCUGAACCAAUCAGAUACAAGUAUUUCCGUAGCUUAUAACAGGUUUAAGUGAGGAUCAAAGAUCUUGUUUUAGGAGUGCUCAUUGCUUUAAGCAUGUUACCACAGUUUGCCAAACAGUAUUUUCUGUUUUCUACACCGUAAUAGAUUAGUAUUCUAGCGUGUAUUUUUAUCAGCAUUUUCAAGAUUACGAGAAAAGCGCAGCAAAUUGCAAGAUCUUCUUAACGAUAUCCAUAUGAAUUUGAUCCAUAGAUAAAAAAAAAAAAAAAAGCAGUCGAGAACUGAAAGGACCCCCCAAAAGAGAAGAUUCUUUGGAAGUCGAUUAAAGAUUGCUAUCCGAAAAUAAAAACAUAUCAAAGGAAUACUCCGAAGGCCGAAAUAACAUGAUUUGAUCAGAUAAAGUGAAAUUGGACAAGGAAUAAAAAAAAAGUUAUGACAUUUUAAAAGUUUGCGUUCUUUUGGCGAAAUAUUUCUAGGCACGUAAUCGAUGUCUUCAUGAAUAUGAUAUGGGCAAGCUGAU